GGCAGGGUGCAGUAGAGUGAGUUUACCAAAUAAAAAACAAAAACUUGUGUCGUAAAGUGAGCUGGUUGUAGAUGGCUUCCUCAGGCGGCGGCGAAGGCGUGAGGCCAACAAAGAGGCCGUUAGGGUUUAUGAAGCACGCGAUGGCAAGAAAGGACAGCUUCAUUCAGUGGUUUGCGAUGACUGGGAUUCUGCUUCUGAGCAUGAGAUCUUUGGGUCAGAAAUACCGAAUCCAUAGCCUUCAGGAGGAAAACUAUACUCUUCAGGAGGAGCACGAUUUACUCGCGGAGCGCAUCAACAACAUCCAGCGUGAUCUGCUUCAUGAAGCUUCUGAAGACUCCACUGGCGCCUUUGCUUCUCGCCUUCGUCUUCUCUUCUCCGAUCACCACUGAUCGCUCUUAGGGUAUUCUCCCAAGUUCAGCAUCUGCUUCAUGGUUUGAGUUGAAUGAUAAUGGUGGUGGUAAGGGCUAGCAAAGGUUGAUCAACAUCAUGGUGCAGAGAAUUAGAACGCAUACCAUGAGUUGUUUUGUUGAUUAUGAACCUUUCUGGGGACUUUUGAAAUUUGAUACGGGAUGGAGCUAUCUAUGUGUAAUCGGUAGUAAGGCUUACAAAUGCCUGUAAGGGUAGAGCACAACUGGGCAAUUAGGACUAUGAUGAUGAUGAUUUUUGCAAUUUAUCUCCAAAGUUGGAUGUUGGACGUUGAAUUUGGACAUCUAUUUGGAAAAUAGAAAGAGAUAGAAUACUGAAACAGACAACAUUCUCUUUUGAGUCUAAUUGUUAAAAUAAUGCAAGAAAAAAAUAAUGAUAAAUAAAUUUUUGAGAAACAGUAAAGUGAAGACAUUAACCAAUCUUAGAUCCCACCAUUUCGAGUCUAAUGUAGGGAGAAAAAAUAGACCCAUAUAAUGCAUCACCCGACACUCAUAAUGAUAAAAGGGAUGCCCGGAAGUUAUAAUGAAAAAUAUUUACUUAUAGCGACGAAACACUAGCAAGUUGCACCCUGCCUGUACUUUGAUUAGCAAUUUAUUUCGAAUAAAAUAAUUCUUUUUCAUCUAUAUUUUCUGACCCUGUCAUCUAUUAUUUUUCUUUAUCUGGAUUUUAAUUUUAAUUUUGAUCUAUAUCUUAUUU